AUGGCCACAUUCUCACGCAACUUCAAAUUGCAUGUUUUCUUAUUGUUGAUUGUUAUGGUCAUUGGAAUAGAAGCGCGGAAUAUCCAAUAUUUUUGUGGUGGCCAUGGAAAAGGUGGUGGUGAAGAAGGUGGAAGUUUUGGUGGUGGUGGAGGAGGAGGAAGAGGAGGUGGUGAUGGUGGUGCAGGUGGUGGGGGAAGCGUGGGAGUUGGUGUAGGUGCAGGAGGUGGUGCUGGUGUUGGUGGUGGAGGUGGUGCAGGUGGAGGAGGAGGUGGUCGAGUUGGUGGAGGUGGAGGUGGUGGUGCUGGAGCUGGUGUUGGUGCAGGUGGAGGUGCUGGAGUUGGUGAUGGUGGAGGAGGAGGUGCUGGUGUUGGCGGAGGUGGAGGUGGAGGUGGUCGAGUUGGUGGUGGUGGAGGUGGAGGUGCUGGGGCCGGUGUAGGUGGCGGGGGAGGUGCAGGUGUAGGUGGAGGUGUUGGAGUUGGUGCUGGUGGCGGUGCUGGUGUAGGUGGAGGAGGAGGUGCAGGUGCAGGUGGUGGUGGUGGCGGCGGCGGCAGAGUUGGUGGCGGUGGAGGCGGUGGCGUUGGGGCUGGAGCUGGUGGAGGAGGAGGUGUUGGGGCAGGUGGAGGUGCUGGGGUUAGCGCAGGUGUUGGUGUAGGAGCAGGGGCUGGUGUUGGUGCCGGAGGUGGUGCCGGAGCCGGAGCCGGAGCCGGUGCCGGUGGUGGUGCCGGUACAAAUGGCAGAAGAAAUAACAGAAUCGAAGGAAACGAUGGAAAAUUUUAA